AUGGUAGAAGCUCUCACUGUGGUGGGUGCUGUCGCUUCCACUGUUCAAUUGGUCGAGUUCUCAUCCAAGGUUUUUGACCGUCUCAAUGACUACAUAAAUUCCGUUGAGGAGGUACCCGAAUCGCUUCGAGGGAUCAGACUGCAUUUACCUCUUUUCAUAGAGGCUUUGCAACGCACGCAGUUUCAUAUAGAACACGGCCACUACAAUCCACCGACUGCAGCCGCCUUAAAAUCGAUUAUUGAUGAAAGCAGCUCUCAAAUUUGUAUGCUAAAAGAUAUCCUCAAUAAAGUGACACCAGAUCAGGAAGAUUCGAGGAUGAGGAAAGGUCGCAAGGCAAUUUGCAGCCUGAAUCAGGACAAGCCUUUAAAAAAAAUUUAUUCAACCCUCUCCGGAUAUGUCGAAAAUUUACUGUUGUUCCAAAGCACAGCUAUUUCGUCCCAGAAUAUGGUCUUGAUGAAAUCAAUUAUGCAUCAAGUGGAUGAUCCCAUUUCUCUAGGGGCCUCCCCGGCCAGCACACUAACGAACGGGCGCAUCAUCAACAGCCAAAGUAUACAGAUAUCAGAAGCUAUGCCUCGAAUUUCGUCAAAGUCUCUCACGAAUUACUGUAAGGACAAAAAGAAAUACCGACUCUCGACGUUUUUGGGGCUCGGCCGCUUUGGCCUGCUCUGGGCAAUUCAAGCAAAUCUGGAUCUUUCAUGGGGAAAUUCUGGUUUUUCUGUCACCCCAAAUCUACAGAUGCAGCAACUGGUCAAGUAUACUUCCCCGGGGUUUGAAGUUUUCUGGAAGUGCGAGACAAACCGUCUAGACAUUCAUUCAGCAUACAUGGCCCUUUUCGAAUUAUUCAGCGUUGGAAAGGCCUCUCCCAAAGACAUGGAUCCGAGUGGGAAGAGUUGGCUUGAGAGAAUUCUGUAUCCGACUUUUGGAAAUGCCGAUAUGCGUAUUGCUUUCAUGAAAAUGCUUGUUCAAUGGGGUGCGCCGAUGAACACUAAAACAUCGCUUCUUUCACUUUGUGCCGGUUGGAGCGGCUUGGGCCCACAUUUAAAUUUGCUCAAAGAAUUAAUCUCUCUGGGCUAUGAUCUGUCGGCAGACGAAUAUAGCAGUCCUUUCAUGUUCACUGAAUUGCCAUUUACUGAACCGCUUUUUGGCUUCCCCGGAGCAUACACUGAUAUGCCUGACCCCUUUUUGCUGAAGUUUUUUGAAGAAUGCUCCAAAAACGCCUAUGGUGUUUGGGGACAAACGCCACUUAUGGAUGCUAUUCUGACGGGCUCCACCGUCGGCACCGCGAGGAUCCUUCAAUCUCGACAAUUUUUCCAAGACAAAAAUAUUUUUGGAAUGACGCCAAUUCACUGUGCUGUUUUACGCCCUGGAAUUCUUGUGGAGCUCUUGAAAUUGUGGCCUUGCUUCGACAUCCAAGACAACGCCGGUCGAGGCCCGCUGGAUUAUGCUGCAUCAUACGGGUGCGUUGAGUCAACAAUAGCGCUCCUUAGGGUCGGAAUGCAUCUAAUAAGUAGCCAGCACUUGAAGUUUCUCGAUGCAGCAAGAGCUUGGCGUCAUUGGGACGUGAUAACGAAAACAUUGGCAUUCCUUCGGGCAACUGGACAAUUUUCGGAAGAGCUUCUGAAAGACCAAUUACAUCAGCUAAUGACAGCUUAUCUUGCAUCCUCAUGGCAGUCACGACCGGAGGAUUUCAGAAUAUUGAUUGAUCUGGGUGCCAAUCCUCACCUGAUAUUCGAGAAUGGGGAUACACUGCUUCAUCGUCUCUGGGAUGACGAGCAGGUAGACAUUUUGUUUGACGCCGGAUACCAGUAUAUCGACCGUCCGAAUUUAGAAGGUCGAACCGCCUUGAUGUCCUCAAUAUCCCGCUACAAUUUCUCGUUCUAUCACAAUAUCUUAGCUCGCGGGAAUGCCGAGGAGAAGCCACUGCACGAGAAGCUUUGUUAG